CACCGUAGCGUGUUGCUACAGAGAUGUAGUGUCUCAUGUAGACGCGCCCAGAAUGUAACAGAAAAUCCUGUGACACGCAUUUUCUGUUUACAGAAUGGGGAGUUUGUGAGGUGUCCCAAGCAGAGUAACUAAAUAUACACUAGAUUCACAUCAGAACAGAGAUGACCAGAACUGUACAAGGCUGUCCCUCCAAAACAGACUCAAGGCAUGUCUUGGAACAUGCCAGCUCUUAGCUUUCACUCUUUUUUGACUAUGGAAAAGUAGUAGAGGAACUAUGGCAAAGAAAUCAGAAGGACUACAACAGGCUGCUGGAGAAGCUUCUAAAUCAGAGAGAACAGUUAUAGUUUCUGGUAUUCCAGACGGCAUUCUGAAAGAUGAUGUCAUGGCUGACAUACUGAUGAUUCAUUUCCAGCGGGCGAAGAAUAGGGGUGGAGAUGUGGAAGGCAUAGUCUAUCCGACAACAACAAAAGGAGUUGCAUAUAUAACGUUUGAAGAUCAGAAAGUUACAGAGAAUGUUCUCAAGAAAGGUGAACAUCAACUAGAAGACAAGAGGCUGCCCAGACACUAUCCUCUGAAAGUAUCUCUUUACAGUGAAGAUGUCUUCUCCUGUAUCUCGUGUGUCCUUGAUUUGUCUGGUUUUGGAGAUAAAUAUGUUUUAGAAGAUCUGGUACAAGAACUUCAAAAGAACAUCACAGCUUUACGUUUCAGUCCUUUACAGCCUAAUGGGCAAAUUUCUGUUCAGGGUUCAUUCCCAUCAAUACAAUCAUUAAAAGACAAUCUGUUGUUAAAAGCAAAUUCCCUUUCAAACACAGACAAGAAAGCAAAAUGUAAGUCGAGUCAAAGAUCUAACAGCAAGACCCAGAAACAUGGAGUAUCCGUGGAGUCAAAGAAUAAUUUUAUCCAUAAUGCAGUUGGAGAAAACCAGGUUGUUCUUGACACUGAUGUAUACUACUACAUGAAACACAUUUUACAUGAGGACAGUCUAGCAAAAAACAGUGUUGUAAGUCGUGAGGUUACAGACGGUGAGAUCACGAUACUGUAUCUUGAAAAGGUCAAUGCUAGUUCUGAUCCUAGCAAGUUAGAAAAAGCCAAAAAGAAAAUUGAAGACUUGUCUGCAGAGCUUCACAGCAAAUUACGAAAAGAAAGAUUCCAUCUUGAUGGAAGCAAACAUGAAAUGCAGAUGUAUCAGCAUGCAUGCAAGAGGGUGCAGUCCCAAUACUCACAGGUCUUGGUUAUUCCUUAUGAGACUCACAUAGAUGUUAUAGGACGUUCUUCUGAUGUUUUUGGGUUUGCACAAGAAGUGAAAACAAAGGUAAAACAUUACUUGCAGAAAACCCCCCAGGAGAUGUUAGUCAUAUAGGUGCUGCAGAUAAGAUAUGUCAGGUGAGAGUUUCUCAGUGAGAUCUAUUACUCUAAAGAACAGUCUUGCCGAGGGAGUGGUGGAAGCCCUACUGUUUGGAAUAUUUUAUACAGUGUUUUGCACUUCAGAGAACUUUGCAAAUUUUAAUUAAUUAGUGCUCCAUCCUGCUCUCCCUAGCUGUUCCACUAUCUUUAAUGACAAUCUGUUAUUCCACACAAGGAUCUAAGAGGAAUAUUAGUACCUCUUUACACAUUAACAGUAGAGAAACCACACAGCUGAUAGCAGUGAUGUGGAAGAGCUUGUACUCUGAGUUCAGUCCCACUGUGUGGGUACAGACACUGUCAAAGUAUUAAAGGCUGAACAUUUAGUUUACAGCCCCAAAUACUAACAGUUUAAAACAGGCAGCAGUGAUCUCUUGCUACAUCCAUUAGCUUAAAGAUGGAAGUUAUUUUAGGUGAUGAACAGGUUGUCUUUGUUCUGUCAUCUCUACAGUAGUUACUUCUUGAGGAGCUAGUAACUUAUGUUGUUUACAUAGGUUUAUUGCAGUUAUUUCAGAGUAUUUUUAUUCUCAGGUCUGGGAGAUACCUGCCUGGCUUUGGAGUUAUUCGUUAGGUUUCAAAGACUACCUAUGUUUCUGUUUCCAGCAAGUACAAGAUUGUAUGCUUCACAUCUUGGUUAUUUUCCUGGCUGUAUGUGGCAUGGAUAUGACUUUUAUAUGGCAUUAAUUAUUAUUUGAUAACCAGUCAUUUUUCUUUUGUCUGGAGGCACAUGAGCACACUUGACCUGUCUUGAGACAUGGAGUACAUUAAAGUAAAAGAGAUGAUUAUAUAAGGAGAUACAAGUCUUCUCCUUAGCAUAAGAGGCCAGUCAUACACUAUAUAAAGGCAAUCAAAUGAGGGAGUAAGUGUUGAAAAAGGUACCUUAUAUUAAUGUAUGUUUGUCCAAGCAGACAACUUCUGAAAGUGAGAACUGUCACUUGCCUUCAGUAUCUUCUUUGUAGGAGAAGCUCCUUGUAAUUGAGACAUACCCAAAAGAAAGAGCUUUUAUAGAUGGGGAAAAAAGCACAAACAUUAGCUCCUAAGGCCUGAACUAUGUUUCCCAGAAUAUGACAGGAAUUUGGAGCCAUCUUGUAGAAAGCUUUCCUCGUUUUUCAGUGUAUUCAGAGACCCUUCUACAAUCAAAAAUGCAUAUUAGGUAUUGGAGGGCGGGGGGAAGAUCAACCUUAUUUAUGCAGAAGUGACACACAUUUGGAUCCUCAAUGAUUGCAAUAGCAGCUGCACAGCUCUUAAACUCAGUUUUUUUCUACAACUAUUUCCAAAUUUUAGAGUCCAAAUUGUUGUCAUUUUUGUAGUUUGGACUUUGGCUUUUGUUCUGCUUAUACAGGUAUAAGAAACACAGCAGCGAAAUGGGCAUAGGCUGUCAGAGUUGGUCAUUAUCAUAUUCAAACACUGAAUUAUCUGAGCAACAGAGGAGCUAUCAUUUCUAGUACACAUGUGAACAACCUCAAAAAUGUAUUGUAAAGCAAGCAAUGAACAUAAUUCCCAAAAGUUACAGUUAGAAGAGAUCUAAUGUCACAUGUCCCCCUGUCAUUGCUUGAUUGUUUCUGGCUGUGUUUUGUAGCCUGAUAUUGUAUUUUGAAUAAUGGGGUUUCUGCCACAUUGCCAAAGAAAAAACUAUUUUUGUUACAUUGUGGAUAUAAGUAUUCAUUAAUUAUUUUCUAGUUUAUAAGUUUUACGGAAUGGUAACUUUAACUUCAUAGGCUUGUACAGUUCCUACCAAAAGGCAAUCUGAUUAUCUGAUAGGUGUUAGUACAUCAUUAAUGAAUGUUGCAUAGUAUUUGGAUGGUAAAGAACUAUGUAAGUGCUGCCUGCCUGUAUUAUUCUACAAUGCCUUUCCUCUUUCCCCUCUCCCUUAAUAUCUGAAGGUAAGCAUAGUAUGUAAAGUUAAAACCGUACUUUUUUGUACACUUCAUUUUUAGGGCUUUAUUUAACAUAACAGUAGAAUUUGUUAUUUGGCCAAUCUGCAACGUGAACAUGGUUAUAUUAUAUCUAUAAAUCAGGAGAUUGGAUUGCUGGACUAGGAAGGGGAUGGGGGGCAGGGUUACAAUUCUAUGUUCCUUUUAAAAAAAACAAAAAAAACCCCACAGACGCAAACAAGCCAUGAAUUUAGCUCUUUAUCCCCUGUAGCUGAUGAGCACAGGAAAGUUGUUCAGGAUUUUGAGUGGUUUUAUAUCAUUCAACUUGGAAAUAAAGAAAACUUGGUCAAAACAAGACAUGCUAGCCAGAGAUAUAGUAUAGUUUUCUUUGGAGAAGUAAGGGCUCUGUUGCUUUCAAGUAAGAAGUAACAUAAUGAAAAGAUUAUUCAAAAUAUCAUUUGAAAUUUUUCGAUUAUUUCAAGAAAAAUAAAAAAAUCCAGAACCUGAA